AUGGCCAUUUCAGUCUCCCUUGUCUUCGUCGGUAAUGUCAUUCUGCCUAUAGUACGCGCCGCUGUGCAGCUGCUGGUUGGACUUGAGAGAGAGCCCCAAGGCAACAUGGACGAGUAAGUUACAUAAUACGACUGGUGAACGCACUUAUAUCAUGGUUUUAUCCACCUGCACAACAACUCCUGGGUCUACCAUAGAGUCUAAAACUACUACAAUAUAGCGGACCAGGCAUGUCUGCACUUCAUUUAAUCCUAAGAACAAUAAAGAAUGCAAAUAAUGGACUAAUGAAGGACUGCGGAAACAAUUUGGAACAUAGGGCAACAUAAACUUCCAAGGCAGACAGUACUUUGCAUAUUUGCAGACGGCUACUAGUCAAAAUAGUUCUGAUCCGUAGGUUUCAAUGCGCCUUCACGUUCGAUAUUUGAAUAUCAUCCCGCCAGCACAAUGCAUACGCUUUUGUAAGUGCAGUAGGGGGAUAGCAUGACCAAACAAGUCAAACGUGGGCGUAAAAGGCAGUUGCAGUAAAAUAUGGAGUGUUUAAGCAGCGAUUGUCUGAACGAUGAACGCUCAUCGUUGUUAGUGUGGAAAAAAACCAACGGAGAACGCAACCCAUGAAACCAAAAAAUAAACGAAAGAUCAUAAAGUUGAUUAGUUAAAACAAAUAAAUGCCGAAGCACAAUAUGUUAAAGAAGCGUACUAAUAUGGCAAUUACGAUGAAAAUGCGAAAGUAAAUUAGAUAAAUUAAAUUCAGAUUUCAAGCUGACAAUCGUCAGUAUCGAACGUUUACAGUAAAUUUCACCAGAUAAGCAUGCCAAGCGGCAAGCACAUCCUUACUGAUAUCUAAUUGGCUGACGUUUCCAGACGGUCCAAUAGAGCCCGAAGGCCAAGGAAAAUUCCAAGUUCGAGUAAGCAGCCUGAAAUUUUAAAACGGACAACCAUAAUCUGACCUAUAUUCUCUUACACUGUACACCAGCUCUUCGUAGCAAUUAUACAUGCCGUUUGCGAAUCAGACGCCUAAACUUUUCAGACUAGCAAAGUUAAGAGAUCCGGGUCGAUUAUUUGAAGAAAAAUAAGGUUGGCUCACCGGAACAGGUUUAUUAGGAUGCUGACGUUUCAACGAGCUUGGUCGGCUCUCCAUUGUCAAAGCGUAAAAUGCACUUAAUCACUGAACGACCCGGAGGAUGCCGUUAAGGAACUCGGCCAGUUAGGAAAUAUCAGACGUAAGUGCAUUCUUAUGCAACCGGAUACUACAACAAGGGAGGAGCAGCUAAGUGUUUUUAUUACGGUUCACAGAAAGAUUGAAUGGAUUGCACAAAGGUUCUUCAAAAUAGACCACAUCCAUUAAUAUUUAUCAACCGAAAACUUCGAAACGACAAGAAUAUUCAAGAUGAAUGGUUUCUGGACUUUCGAAGGUUUAGUCCUCGUUCUUAAAAAAGCUAGUUUUGGAUAACACCUCCCUACACAUACACUGUAGUGCUAAAACAAGCAUUGAAGCUACGUGCAAAGUUUAGGCGUUUAAAGAGGAAAAAGAAGAAGAAGAAGAAGAAGAAGAAGAAGAAGGAGAGGAGGAAGAAGAAGAAGAAGAAGAAGAAGAAGAAAAAGAAGAAGAAAAAGAAAAACAAGAAGAAGAAGAAGAAGAAGAAGAAGAAGAAUAAGGUUGGCUCACCGGAACAGGUUUAUUAG